UGGUAGAGCGAGAGAGAGAGAGACAUUCGCUGGAAUUCCCCCUCCCUGAGACUGUGCUCACCUGGCCCCGCCCCCGAUUCCAUACCUGGCCGUGCCCAUUUCAGCCCUAUAAAUACACGAGGAGCAGGUGCAGCAGAACGCUCAAUGCUAAAGCAGAUCUCUCACUGACUGGAUUAUUACUGACGCAGCUCUCACACUGGGAUUUUACCUGGAAAACAAUCUUUGACCACCACAACUGGAUCCUCAUGGCGUCAAGCGAACUUAGUCUAAUUCUCAACAACGCCAAUGCCAACCUGUACCCUGAGCCGCAGGCCAGCCUGUUGAGCAUGUGCAGACCACCGCAUCUCUCCGAGAUCACCUUCAACAGCAACAGCACAUUAGGCUCCUGGGACCAGGUGAACCCGCAGAUGUGGAGCAGGCAGAACGUUCUGGAGUGGAUCGGCUUUCACGUGGAGGAGAGCAGAUUCGACGCCGGCUUGCUGAAUCUGAACUACUGCACCAUGGAUGGGCUCACACUUUGCGCAACAUCCAAGGAAGCGCUGAUGAGCAUGUUCGGGCCGGAGUUGGGCAAUCUGCUACACCACAGUCUGGAGAGCCUGAAGGCGAGAUAUGUUAAUGACCUAUCUGAGAACACCGUCCUGAGCGAAUCCGAGUUUGAGCUACUAGACAACAUCCUGCAGAACUCAUUUCCCUCCAUGCAUGGACCAGGCCUGGGGCCUCUGCUGGAAACUGUGGUGGUCCAGUCUACAAUUCCAACAGACAAUUCAGACGCCAAAUACAGCUACUUCGAUGAGUACACCAGCCAGCUGACCCCAGAGAGUGACCACGGCUACGACUCUCUCACGGAGAGCUUUCAGAGUUCCCAUGCUGGCAGCUUCCUGAACCCGAGCUCACCUGAGUCCAACAGCAGUGAUUCUGACCCUGAAUACUCGGAGACUCCUUACUCCAUCAGCUCCAAGAACUUUUCAAAACAAGAGCCAGAAAAGACCAAGAGAGGCAGAGGACGACCUCCCAAGCUCAGGGAUAGUGACGGAUUUGAUCACUUCAUUCAGUCCAAGAAAAGCAAACAUGCUCCAAGAGGAACCCACCUGUGGGAGUUCAUCCGGGAUAUCCUGAUCCACCCGGAGCAGAACCAGGGGCUGAUGAAGUGGGAGGACCGCAGGGACGGCGUCUUCAAGUUCUUGAAGUCUGAAGCUGUUGCUCAGCUCUGGGGGCAGAAGAAGAAGAACAGCAGCAUGACCUACGAGAAGCUCAGCAGAGCCAUGAGGUAUUACUACAAGAGAGAGAUUCUGGAGAGGGUGGACGGACGGAGGCUUGUUUACAAGUUCGGGAAGAACUCCACCGGUUGGAGGAUAGAGGAGACCGGUUAUUAAAGUUGACCGUCGGAGAUCGCUUUCAGGAAAAAUGUAGAGACUUUGGACUCCUGCUAAUGAGGAACUUUAAGCUAAGCUUGGAUGCUCUGAAGAUCCUCCCUUUAGAAACGCUCUCUUCCCAGAGGGAAAAGGUUUCACAGAAACUGUAAGCCAGUGUUUUGGCUAAAGUAGGUUUUAUGAACCGGUAAACAGUGGCGAUUGUCUGGUUGUAAGGGCACGCAGGCGUAGCCUGGUCCAGAUAUUGCUACACCACUAAAAGAGUCUAAGUCAGAGAUGUCAAACUCGAUUCCUGGAGGGCCGCAGCCCUGCACAUUUAGUUCCAACCCUGCUCCAACACACUUAUAGGUUUCAAACAAGCCUGAAGGACUCGAUUCGCUUGAUCAGGUGUGUUUAAUUAGGGUUGGAACUACACAUUGCAGUUUGACAUCCCUGGUCUAAGUCAACGGUUGUUCCACACAAUGGAGAACGUCAAGCUUUACGAAGGCUCUUGGUAUUGGGAAAUGAAGUUUGAUGUGUAUUUUGGUCAGAGCUGAUUACCUGAAGUGAAGGUGACGUUCAGAUUCGCUCUGCUGUAUAUAAAUGAACUAUAUAUUCUUCAUAAUAAUUGUCAAUCGUGUACAAAUCAGAUAUAUCACCUGAGAUUACUCCUAAUUGUUUUCUGUGAUUUUUUUGAAGUCACUGGAUUAUGUGUAUGAGGAUUCCCUCUGAGACUGUAUGCUGUUGUAAGGCAUGUAUUUGCUGUUUUUUGUAUGACUUUUCUAAAUAAAAUACAAUUUCAGAUCUAAAA